AUGCACUGGUCUUUUAAGCUGAGCCAGGGUCAAGGAGGAGGCACUCAAGACAUGUGGCUGAGCGGGAUUGGCCCGGACGAUCCUGCCGAUGAUUAUGCUAAUGAAACGAGUGCAGGAGGAGUUGCUGCCGUUAUAAAAGAAUUGAUCCCACAAGGCAACACGCCGAUUAUAUCUGCUUGCUUUGUUGGUCUCUUCACUGGUAUCAGUGUGGUGCUCUUCAAUUACGCGGUGCAUGAAAUACGUGACUUCUGUUGGGAUGGUAUCCCAUAUCAAGGUGCUUCGUGGUUGAGGGAGGAACCAAUUGAAGCAAAAUGGGCCCGUGUAAUCUUAGUCCCAGCUUCCGGAGGUUUGAUAGUUAGUUUAUUGAACAUGAUUCGAGCUGCUAUAGAGGGCCCAACAGAUGGAAUUGUUAUAUCCUAUAUCAAAUCUGCACUAAAGCCAAUUCUGAAGACAGUGGCUGCCUGUGUCACUUUAGGAACAGGGAAUUCAUUGGGACCAGAGGGCCCAAGUGUCGAAAUAGGAGUCUCCAUUGCCAAAGGGGUUGGUGCUGUGCUUGAUAAAGGUGCUCAAAGAAAGCUCUCACUCAGGGCUGCAGGGUCUGCCGCCGGACUCUCUUCUGGGUUCAAUGCUGCUGUUGCGGGUUGCUUUUUUGCCGUGGAAUCAGUUUUGUGGCCAUCGCCUGCAGAAUCAUCUCCGUCUUUGACGAAUAUGACUUCCAUGGUCAUUCUCAGUGCUGUAAUAGCUUCUGUCUUAUCAGAAAUUGGCUUGGGCGCUGAACCAGCCUUUGCAGUUCCACUAUACGAUUUUCGUUCUCCAAGUGAACUGCCGCUGUAUCUUUUGCUGGGUGUAUUUUGUGGCUUGGUUUCGGUCACCUUAUCUAAGUGCACGGCAUUUAUGCUGGUAUUCAUUAACGAUGUUGAAAGGGUUGUUGGGAUACCAAAAGCAGCACUUCCUGUACUUGGCGGUUUGGCUGUUGGACUUAUUGCCUUGGCAUAUCCUGAAAUUCUUUACUGGGGAUUUCAGAAUGUUGAUGUUCUAUUAGAAUCUCGCCCAUCUAUGAAAGUCCUCUCUGCUGAUUUGUUGCUUCAGCUGGUGGCUGUCAAAAUAUUAGCAACUUCCUUGUGUAGGGCAUCUGGAUUAGUAGGAGGCUACUAUGCACCAUCUCUGUUUAUUGGUGCUGCUACAGGAAUGGCAUAUGGGAAAAUUGUUAGUUAUAUGAUAUCUCACUCCGAUCCAAUAUUUCAUCUCUCCAUCUUGGAAGUAGCUUCACCUCAAGCAUAUGGCCUGGUUGGCAUGGCUGCUACACUUGCUGGGGUGUGCCAGGUACCCCUUACUGCGGUUUUGCUUCUCUUUGAACUAACACAGGAUUAUCGAAUUGUACUGCCACUUUUAGCAGCUGUGGGGCUUUCAUCGUGGAUUACAUCUGGGAAGACAAAACGGAAGGAAAUUGAUAAUACCAAAGAAUCGAAAGAAGGAAACAAUAUAGCAACUCCGCCUGAAACAUGUUCCUAUAACUUUGGAGUCCAGACCUCUAUUUCUUCUCCUGAUCUGAGAGAAUCGAAUGAAAGUAGCAUUUGUGAACUUGAGAGUUCACUCUGUCUGAAUGAUGAUUCUGAUGAUGAUAAUGGUAACUUGGCAAAUGAAAUUCUGGUUUCACAGGCCAUGAGAACACGAUAUGUUGCAGUGAUGAUGAGCACUUCUCUAACAGAAGCAGUGUCUCUCAUGCUAGAAGAGAAGCAGUCUUCUGCGAUAAUAGUUGAUGACAGCAACCACCUCAUUGGUCAGCUAACGCUUGGUGACAUUCAGCGUUUCACUGAAUUUUCAAGAGCAAAGAGUAGGAAACCUCAGGAGUUUAGAGUGUCUGAGCUAUGCUCCUCUAACAGCGAGAGGUGUCGUAUACCAGAUACGGUAACCCCAAACAUGAGCCUUGGUGCCGCUCAAGCUCUGAUGGAUAGGCAUGGUAUUAGUCAACUACCAGUUAUCUUGGAGCAUAAGGAUCAUGGAGGCCAUCCAAUUGGCCUUUUAGACAAAGAAUCCAUCAAUCUUGCUUACAGAGCUUUUGCAAUCAAGGAGUGCCUAGGCUGUUUUUUACACCGGACAAGCUGA